UUGGUUGUGAUAUAACGUCGAGUAUUAUGCUGUUUAAUAUUGAUAAAUCCUUACAUAGUAUAUGAAGCAGCUAUGGCCAGCUCAGUUAUGUUCUUCCUUCCCACACAAAGUAGCGUGUCGGUGAAAUGUGUCGCCGUACAAGUGCGCCGCGCCGGGCCAAAGGUUGCGUUGCGUGUGAAUGUGGUCCGCGCGGCUCCCAGCCACUGUUGCCGAGCUAAACUGUUAUGUAGUCCCUCGUCGGUGCGCACGGCCACGGAACGGCGGUAACUGAACGUGUGUGUGCUUGGUGGUAGUUCAGCAGCAGGAUGGCAGCCCCGUUCAGCCUGCGGGAGGUGCGCGAGGCGUCCAGCAGGGCAGGCCGCUGGCUGCACCGCACCCCCGUCCUCACCUCUCGGUGCCUCGACCAGCUCGCUGGCAGGCAGCUCUUCUUCAAGGCCGAGAACCUGCAGAAGACAGGCUCCUUCAAGGCGCGAGGGGCCUGCAACGCGGUGUUCAUCGAGAAAGAGAACAAUCCUGACAGCCCUGGCGUGGUCACCCACAGCACAGGCAACCAUGGCCAAGCUGUAGCCUAUGCUGCCAAGUGUGCAGGGCUGCCAUGCAGUGUGGUGGUGCCUAAAGACACCCCCAAGGUCAAGUGCAGUGCCAUAGAGGGGUAUGGUGCCAAGCUGGUCUUCUGUGAGCCAUCUCCACAGGCACGCAAAGAAACAUGUGCUGCCAUUGCCAACGAGAUGGGCCAGACCAUCAUCCAUCCUUAUGACGACUACCGGGUGAUGGCUGGCCAGGCUACCAUCGCCCUGGAGCUCCUGGAGGAGGUGCCAGAUUUAGAUGCUAUUCUGGUGCCCAUCAGUGGAGGGGGAAUGACAUCCGGCAUUGCUGUAGCAGCCCAAGAGAUGCAACCCAAUUGCAAAGUGUUUGCUGUUGAACCAGUGGGCAAAGACCUCCAGAGGUGUUUAGAGAAAGGAGAAAAGAUCUAUUCAGGCCCUAAUAAGUUCUUGGAUACAGUGGCAGAUUCCAUUAGAAUCCAGCAGGUGGGUGACUUGACCUUUCCCAUCUUGUGUGACUUUGCUGAGCACAAAGUUUUCACCAUCACUGAUGAACAGAUGGUUGAGGGCAUGAAGCUGACUUUUGAGCGUCUGAAGAUGGUGGUGGAGGUGGCUUCAGGGGCAGCAGUGUAUGCAGCCUUGCACCGCCUGAAGGAGGUCAGCCCGCCACCACAGAAGGUCGGGGUCAUCCUGUGUGGUGGCAAUGUUGACCUCGAUCGCCUUCCAUGGAACACCUGAAAAGUUCCUAAUUAGUGCAGGGAGCUGGUGCAUUGAUGGGUUACAUCCUUCAUUGGACAACACUUUUUUAUUGACUUAUUGGGUGCUGUCUUCAUUAACAAGAAAGGUAUUUCUUUAUAGUUGCAUUAGAAACCUAGCCUGAACAUUUUAUUUGGGUAUUUUAUUGGGAAUUCUGAUUAGGAUGCUGUAUUAAUAGCUUCCUAAGUCUUAUUUAGUUGUAGUUGUUAUUGGAAAAAGUACUUUUAACCCUUUUCAAAUAGUUCCCUAUUAUUUUGUAUUGUUUUUGGGCCAGCAAGCUUGACUCAGACGCAAGGUCCUGGUUUUGGUGGAGACUGUUAAGUCAGUGCCCAUUUACAGUACAUGCCUUGUUCACCUGAAAGCGAGUAGAUACUGCAAUUGGUUGUGGAGUUGCAACCUCAUUUUUUAGUAAAGUGGUACCAAAAAACUAGAGUUUGCUUCCAGGUGCUAGAAUAUGAUCCUAAUCUCCCAUUGCUCAUCAUCAUCCAUCCACUUCCUUCUCAAGGAGGACAGCACACCAACCCAGAAGUUGCUGCUAAAAAAAAUAAUAUUUUCGGAUAGGUGUUCGUCAUUUGUUAAUGUUUUUUUCUAGUCCUGUGUUAUUGUUUGUAGUUGUAAUAUUAGUAUUACAAGUAUUUUAUUUUUCUUAGUUAACCAUUGUUAAUUAUGUAUUGUAGUUUGAAGUGCCUUGUCUUUGAUCCUGUCAACUGAGCAGCUUUCUGUGCAAUAGUGCAAUAGUGCACUUUUUAGUGUUGUAGUUUCUUAUUUUGUUUAAAAGUGAUAACCUUGUGAUAUCUUUGGUGCCAAUAUAUUUACCAAGUUGUAGUAUACAGGAUUUGAGGUUUGUGUGUGUGUGUGUGUGUGUGUGUGUCACAUACAUACCAUAUUUCGCCCUAAAACCAUUCAUCAGCCUUAAUUAAACUUUAAUACACUAAAAUUGCUUUGGUUUAUGAAUACAGGAUCAAGUGUUCCAGGCCAUAACUGUAUUCAUAGUUUCAUUGUUUAUGCAAAUUGUUGGGCUUGAUUCUGAAUCUAUGGGACUAAUUAGUUUUACUGGGCAUAAGGAUGAAAUACAAUAAGUGCUGUAUUUUAGUACAACAGAGGAGGGCACAUGGCCCCCAUAGUAGUUAUUGUUGUUUAUUGAUAUAUUUAUGAGAUUACCAUUUACUACUCAGUACUCGAUUGUGUAUUACUAUAGUUAUCAUGAAAAAUAAAACAAGCAACAAAG